AGCUGUUCAGUAAUCUAUUAAUCUUUGGAGUAUAAAUAGAAGACAGAGACAUCAGAACAUUCAGACACACAUUUACAUCUGGACUUUCAUCAGAUCACUUCAGCAGAAAUCUGACCAUGACGCUGGCAUCAGUCUUCAUCCUCCUCCUGGCUCCGGUGUUGACCAGCUGUAUGCCCCUCGUCCUCCCAUUGGACUGCAGUGACAUCUAUAAUAAUGACAACAGACAGCCCAGUGGAGUGUACACCAUCUAUCCCAUCGGAGCCACGUCUGCUGUCCAGGUGUACUGUGACAUGGACUCACUACAAGGACGGUGGACGGUGUUCCAGAGGAGGAUGGACGGCUCGGUGAACUUCUACAGGCCCUGGGAUCACUACAAGAAGGGCUUUGGUGUCGCUGCUGGAGAGUACUGGCUCGGUCUUGAGACUCUCUUCCACCUGACUCUGAGGAAAAAGUACGAGCUGCUGGUCGACAUGGAGGACUUCGAUGGAAACAAAGUGUUCGCUCGUUACUCCUUGUUCUCCGUUGACCCAGAGUCCUACGGAUACAUGCUGCAUGUGUCUGGAUUCACUGAUGGAGGGGCAGGAGACUCACUGAGUGGUCACAAUGGACAGAAAUUCUCCACCUUCGACAGAGACCAGGACGCCUGGGAGGAAGGGAGCUGUGCCAGAACCUACCUGGGGGCGUUCUGGUAUAGCAACUGUCACUCAACAAAUCCAAACGGUGUUUAUCAAUGGGGGGCUGAUAGUACACUCUAUGCUGUUGGAGUGGAGUGGGCUCAUUGGAAGGGUCGUGACUACUCCCUGAAGGCCAUCAGUAUGAAGAUCCGUCCUGUGCAGUAGUCUUUUUAUUCUUUUCUCUCUGUUGUUCACUGCAUUAACUGCAAACACAAUUUACAGCAAAUGAAAUGACAAAGAAAACAUGAUAAAAAAAUAAAAGCCUAAUAAUAAAAUCCUGCAGACAAACACACACUUAGCUUUAAAGUCAAACUAACAGCUCACACACUGAUCAGUAUCGUCUCUCUUUUGACCUACAACUGAACAAAUUACCAACAUAAUUAAACAAUUUGUAACUUUGACAUGUUGAUGCUGUUCCUGCAUUUUAGCUGGAUAAAAAGAGGUAUUAGACGUUCAGACCAAAUGUCACCCUGCACUGGGUAGUCUGACCACAACACUUGUUGGAGGUUUGACACACUGAUGUCAAUCAUUAUCUGCUGUAUGGAGACAAUAAAUGAGAAACUGAGCAGAAAUCUGA